AUGUUCUCAGUCGCGCAUAACACCGAUACACAACGAAAUGGCGAACUUGGGUCUCGCGCCCGCCUUUCCUGCUGUUUUCCCCCCAUCACAAGGUUGAGCGACGCCAACAUUGCCCGUGCUGAUCCCAUAAAAUGGUACAAGAAGAGAAACCUCCGAUUCUUGUACCUGAUUAUGGUGCCGUGUUGCCUGGGUGUCGAGUGGACUUCGGGUUUCGAUUCCUCGAUGAUGAACUCUCUCCAGGCAGUUCAGUCAUGGAUCGAUUACUUUGGCGACCCCUCUGGAGACCGCCUUGGCUUGCUCAAUGCGAUGUACUCGCUCGGAGCCCUCAUGUCCAUCCCCUUCAUCCCUACAGUCUCGCAGUACCUUGGCCGGCGAUGGACCAUCGUCGCGGCCUCGCUCAUCAUGACGCUCGGCGCUGGGAUGCAGGCCGGAGCCGUGAACGUCGACAUGUUCCUCGCCUCGCGUUGGGUCCUCGGCUUCGGGAUCCCCUUCGCCAUCGUCAACGCCUCCGCCCUCAUCGGCGAGCUCGCCUACGCCAAGGAGCGGCCCAUCAUGACCUCCCUGUUCAACGCCAGCUGGUUCGUCGGCGCCAUCAUCGCAGCCGGGGUCACAUUUGGGACAUUUCAGAUGGAGAGCACGUGGGCGUGGCGGCUGCCGUCGCUGCUCCAGUUCGUGCCCAGCGCAUGCCAGCUUGGCUUCAUGGCCUGGUGCCCCGAGAGCCCGCGCUGGCUCAUCUCCAAGGACCGGGGUGACGAGGCGUUUGCCAUCCUUCAGAAGUACCACUGUGAAGGCGAGAAUGGGGAGGAGUUUGUCCGACUGGAGUAUGCGCAGAUCCAGAGCACCAUCGCCCAGGAGAAAGCUACUGCAAAGGCGUUUGUCUGGGCCGACGUGUUCCGCGAUGCCCCCAUGAGGCGGCGAUUCGCGCUCGCCGCCGUGAUGGGCUUCUUCACCCAGUGGAGCGGGAACGGUCUUCUCUCCUUCUACAUGAAGAUGAUUCUCAACCUGGUCGGAAUCAGGGAUAAUCACACCGUCCAGAAGUUCAUCCUGAGCAACACCUGUUGGGGCUUCAUCAACGCGAUCCCCAUUGCGUUGAUUGCACCCCGCUACCCUCGGCGUGUUAUGUUCCUGAUCUGCACAAUCGGCACCGCCUGCGUCUACACCGUGUGGACUAUCGCGUCUGCCCGUUUCGCCAUUGAUGGGACAAAGGCUGCUGCCAUUCCCGUGCUGGUCUUCAUUUUCGUCUACUCACCAUUCUACAAUAUUGGCUGGAACGCGCUCGCAUAUACCUACCUGGUCGAGAUCUUCCCGUACGCGCAGAGAUCAAAGGGGAUUGCUCUGGAGCAACUGACUGUCCGACUCGCCGUCUUCUUCAACACCUACGUCAACCCGAUUGCUCUCGACCGGAUCGGCUGGAAGUACUACAUCGUAUAUUGCGUGUGGAUUCUGGUCGAGAUUGCCACGGUCUAUCUCUUCUUCCCGGAGACGCACAACCGUACCCUGGAGGAGCUCUCGUUCAUGUUCGAGGGCAAGGAGGUGCAGGACAGGGUGCAGCACAAUGUCGACAAGCAGCUCGAAAUGGGCCCUGUUGGUGUUACGGAGGUCCACGAGGCUCCGCACAAGGAUGACAGCAAGGCCUGA